AUGUUUGCCCUCAGUUUCUCCUCGGAUCACUCUCAGUCCGUUCAAUCAGUUCCCCCACCUGCUUCCGCUCCUUUUCCCCCCCUGCUUCCAUUCGUUUUCCCCCCUGCUCCCCCUCAUUUCCAUCCCUCCUUCCUCUCGUUUUCCCGCCUGCUUCCCCUCGUUUCCCGCCCUGCUUCCCCUCAUCCCCCCCCCUCUACUUCCGCUCAUUUCCCCCCUGCUUCCCCUCGUUUCCCCCCCUUCUCUCCCUCAUUUCCCCCCCUGCUUCCCCUCAUUUUUGCCCUCCUUCCCCUCGUUUCCCCCUUCCCCUCGUUUCCCCCUUCCCCUCAUUUCUUCCCUCUGCCUAUCUUUCCCCCCUUCCCUGUCUCCUCCAUUCCCACUCCCUCUUCCUAUCUGCUCCCGUGUCUUUCUCCCCUCUUCCCUGUCUCCUCUCCCUCUUCCCUGUCUCCUCUCCCUCUCCCCUCUCUUCCUAUCUCCUCCCUUCCCUCUCCCCCCUCUUCCCUGUCUCCCAUCUUUCCUAUCUCCCUCUUCCCUCCUAUGCUUCAACCACAACCUUUUUCUUGUUCUCUUCCAGCCCCCUCCCCCCGUUGUACCAUUCUCUCCCUCGCUGGUUAUUUCAGUGACUGUGCAGGCAUGCUCGUUGAAUGA